UUUCACACAGUUCUCUACUGAACUCGUAAGGGUUUCCCCAGAGAUCUUCUUGUUCCUCACAAAUGACAAUUGACACUGGGAGGGGUGAGUCCAGAAGUCUGACUUUCCUCUCUGACGCAGUGUACCGGCCAAAAAUGCUCUUUAAUUCUUAGAAGAGUUUGCCAGUUAUCCAAUUAAAGGGUUAUCUCUCCAUUUAGUUGCCUGAUCUUUAGCUUUAAGCCCCUUGUCAUCUACAGUCAAUCCCAGCGCAGUGUUGAACAACAGACGCUUUAUAGACCACAGAUACUGUCUCUGAGAAAACAUCUCCAGGUUCUUUGAGGAGUUAUGGGUGCUCAUGGAUCCAGCCUGGAUGAGGUCUUGGCUGAAGAUAUGCAUCACUGGUAUAACAAGUUCAUGAGGGAAUCACCAUCUGGUCUCAUCACACUCUUUGAACUGAAGACCAUGCUUCAGAUGCAGGGAAUGACUGAAGAGGCCAACAGUUAUGUGGACCAAGUGUUUGUCACCUUUGACAUGGACGGGGAUGGGUAUAUAGAUUUUGUGGAAUAUAUCGCAGCUGUAAGUCUUUUAUUGAAAGGAGAGAUAAACCAGAAACUGAAGUGGUACUUCAAACUCUUUGAUCAGGAUGGAAACGGCAAGAUUGACAGAGACGAAAUGGAGACAAUAUUCAAAGCCAUCCAGGACAUCACCCGCAGUUAUGACAUCACUCCAGAUGAUAUUGUCAAUCUGAUCUAUGAGAGAAUUGAUGUCCACAAUGAAGGUGAGUUGACAUUGGAGGAGUUCAUCACAGGAGCUAAAGAACAUCCGGAUAUCAUGGAGAUGCUUACCAAAAUGAUGGACCUUACACACGUCCUGGAGAUUAUAGUCAAUGGACAGAAAAAAAAGAAAUUGACUAAUGUGUCAUGAUUCAUCUCCUUGCCAUGAAAAGAUGACCGCACGGUGGCUUUAAAGCAAAGCUAAAAGUUACUUUCAGAAUUUGAGAGGUGGGCAUGAGCAAUGAACCCAUAUCUGUGCCUCUGUUUGUUUAAUAAGGGGAGAUCUUUGUCCUGUACCUCUGUACACCUACUGUACGCCAAUUUCAUUCAUACUGGUAGAAACAACAGAAGAAGAGUCAAACUUUGAUUUAUGGAUUAUUCAUAUUCUGGGGUAUGAUUUUAUUCAUUUUCAUGCAUCAAAAGUAUUCAGACACUUAAGCCACACUUGCAAGUUAGUGAAUGCCAUUGCGUUAGAUAAAACUAAUUUAUUUUCACACAAAAAAAAACUUGUGCAUGCAAAAGACCACUGGAAGACAGGCCAAUCUCAACAUAACACUGACUGUGACGUUGCCCCCAACUUUAUAUUACACAUUAAUUACAAUGUUGUUACAAUGCUAUUAACAAAGUUGUGACUGCUGAGUUAGCGCUAUAUGCUAGUUAAUGCUAUAUGCUAGCGUUUAGGCUGAAGAUCUACUGUUGACUUUACUGUUACAUAUUGCAGGUCCAUACUGAAAAAACACAAACACACCACUCAGAAACAUCUCAGAAAAAUCUGAAUCUUCAUCCGAUACAUAAAGUCUGUUUGCACACACAUAGAGCUACUGAACUGAACUGCUCUUAGAAAACAAUCAGAGCAUGUAAAUGAACAUUUAAAACCAUCUCUGGAUAAUUUUUGCUCUUAAUAAAGCCACAAACCUUCGAUGUAGAUAUCAGAGAACAAUUUAACAGAUCAUUACAAUGCAUUCUUUGGCACCUUUAAAAGUGUUUUCCACACAAGAUUUUAUGAACGUUCAUAAUUUUCAUGUGCUUUUCCUCAAAAUGCAUUGACAUUCAUAUAUUCUAAGUGUUGCUUAAGUGUCCUUUUGUGUCCUCUGUAUAUGAAGGUGCCAGUCAGUGUUAAGAAUAUAAUUGUACAGUUUUUUUUGUACAGAAUUAAUCUUCAUAUUGACUUUAAAUAUUCUGUGCAAAAUGUAAUAUAGAUUCAAAUAUAGAUUGUAACCAUUUGUAUGAAUAAACAU